UCUGGCAACCUUAUUGUUCGGCGGGUUGACUGACUCUGUCUGCUUAGCUUGCCGCCUGCGCGAUUUUUGGGGUUUUCGCGCCUCAAUUAUUUAUUUUAUGUAAUUAUAAUUCAUGUUAAUAACAUUCCAAUAUGGGUGCAUAUUUGUCUGAGCCCGUUACUGAAAAAGUGUCCAGCGAUGAAGCUAACAAUAAACUUGAGUGCGGCGCAAGCUCCAUGCAGGGAUGGCGUGUCAAUCAAGAGGAUGCACACAACACAAUUCUUGAGUAUGACGCCAACACAUCGUUCUUCGGCGUGUAUGAUGGUCAUGGGGGAGCAGAAGUGGCCACAUAUUGUUCGCAAAACCUGCCGAACUUCAUCAAAAACACAGAAGCAUACAAAAGUGGGCAGUUAACAAAAGCAUUAGAAGAUGCCUUCCUCGAGUUUGAUGCUACAAUUGCCACAAAAGAAGUCAUGGACAUCUUAAAACAACUAGCUGGUGAAAUAAAUCCACCAGGUCAAAGUGAUAAUGAAGAAGAUUCAGAAGACGACAAUGUGAGCAACUUGUAUCAAGAAGCUAGACUUCCAUUACAGGAGGUGCUGGCGAAAUACGAGAACAAACUGGGUACAAUUCAUCGCGCACGUCUUGGUGAUAGCGCCACGCCGUUGUCUCCCUGUCUUCGCGCCAAGAAGACUGAUGAAGCCGGUGGUUCAGGUUCCCAAGCUGGUGCCUCAAGCUCCAGUUCUGGUAUCGCGUUUGCGGCUGGCUCGAGCUCUGAACAACCAAGUGGAGAGGCUUCUUCCAGCAAGAAUGGCAUGUCAUCAACUCAAGAGCCAGCUGAAGCCAGCACAGCUGAUGAAGACACAGGAGGCGUAUCCUCAACUAACAAUGAAGAGGACAAGGAUGUGAAUGGCGAAGUGUCGACAAGUGAACCUGCUGAGAAGGUGAAGGAACCUGUCGUAGAAGAAAAGAAAGAAAGCUCAACUGUUCCCGACAGCUCUGAAGACAACUGUCUACAGCCAGAACAGAGUGAAGAUGCCAAGAGCACCGUAGCUGCGGGUAAUGGUGCUGCUUCCGAGGUCUGCAAUGGAGAAGUAACAGACUCCAAACAAGUUGAUGGGGAAGAGAGCAAUAUCACAUCGUCCAAUGGUUCUGCAACACCAGCCAAGUCAGGAAAAGCUAAGGAUAAAACUGCAGCAGUAUCAAGUUCAGAAGCCAAACCCAGUGGACGGCCCAAGGACGCUAAGAUCAGACGUGCUGCCGCUGCGGUGUACGAGUCUCUGCUGCGUCACGCUGCCGAUGAAGACGAUGACGAGAGCGACUCCAACGACGAAACCUUCGAGGGAGGCGAGAUCAACUCCUCCGACGAAGAAAAUGUUAAUGGCGUUGAGGAGUCCUCAAAUGAUGGUGAUGGUGAGGAAGAUGAAGACGAAGAAGAUAUAGAGGCUGAAUCAAGUGAUGACGAUGGGGAAGAAGAUAUUUCUAUGACUGAGGAGCCUGGCAAUGAUAGUGGUUGCACAGCCGUUGUAGCUCUGCUCAGAGGUAAUGAACUGUAUGUUGCGAACGCCGGAGACUCGCGUUGCAUAAUUUGCAGAGAAAGCAAGGCUAUAGACAUGUCAAUAGAUCACAAACCAGAGGACAGUCCGGAGCUCGAAAGAAUCACGAAGGCGGGAGGUAAAGUCUCAAAUGACGGUCGCAUCAACGGUGGUCUCAACUUGUCCCGUGCAAUCGGCGACCACUCGUACAAACAGAAUAAGGAGCUCGGUGCUAAAGAGCAAAUGAUCACCGCAUUUCCUGAUGUUAAGACAUUAACGAUUGACCCAGAAAAGGAUCAGUUCAUGGUGCUAGCCUGCGACGGUAUUUGGAACUUUAUGACUAGUCAAGACGUUUGCGACUUUAUUCUACCGAGGUUAGCCGAAGGUCGGGAGAGGUUGUCGCAGAUUUGUGAGGAGAUGUUUGACCACUGCUUAGCUCCAAGCACGGUGGGCGAUGGAACUGGGUGCGAUAAUAUGACAGCUAUUAUUGUACGAUUUAAAAAUGGGUUAAUUAGUGAAGUGGGGCAGCACUCAAAUAAUGCUGAGGGAUCUAAGAAACGUGUUGCUGAAGAAGAACCUAGCCAGGAGGAGCAACAAGAGACCAAAAGGCAAAAGAUUGAUGAUCCUCUCUCAAGUUCAGUAGUGACGUCGAGUGUCUAACCCUCCCAAACAUUAUAGACAAAAGUGUUCAAGUCACACAUAGUAUUUGUGAAAUGUAUGGUGGAUACGUUGUAAUUUAAAUUAUGAUAAUACGACAGGAAGUCACACAAGGGUUUCUUCAAGCAUAUUCUUUAAUUGGUAAUAAUUUAUCAUUUACACUGAGCAAUAUUUUGCUAUGAAAAUCUCCCUCGGAUCUUAAAUAUUUGGUCUUGUCGACAUUGCCUUAUCUGGCUUUACUAGAGACAGUCAUUAAAGAAUAGUUGUGUUGUGAAAACUCGGUGAGUAGGCAUGUAGAGGUAUAGACAAAGCAUAGAAAACAAGAAGUCAAGCACAUGAUCUUGGUGACGUAGUGUUUAUAAAUAAAAAAGGACCAUCGCAGCACGCCAGUCAACUAGACACAAUAGCGCCUCUAACAUAAUCCAAGCAUUUAUACAUUAAAUGAUAGUUUCUUGCAAUUGAUAAUGUGACUGAUAUGUACACUUACUACUGAUGUACUAAUCGCGAUAAUAGGAAAGUGAUUGAAACUUGGUGAUCAUGCAUAUUAUGCUGUCACAAGUAAAAAGAAGAUACAUGAUGGAGGAUGGAGGGGGAGAAAUAAUGAUAAUUUCCAGAACUGAUUGUUGACGAUAGCAACUAGUUAGUAAGCUAAGCUGUAAGUGUAAGUUACAGAUUUAUUAUGUACGAUCUAAUUACUUUAAGUCCCACAAUUUAUUACAGAGUAAAGAUUAUUCUUGUUUUUUGUUGCUUGAACUGGCAUUUUUUGUUUUCUUUUUUUAUGAAAGUCAAUAUAGACAAGUAGUAUUUCAAUGUUUGCUUAUUGAUAAAUUUGUGAGUAGUGAGGCUUGCGUCGCAGUAUUUUUAGACGGCAGCGUUGACUCUAGUAAACUGAACUCACAGAAAGUAGCAGAAUAAAAAUUUGUGCCACUAUUUAUUGAUUUUCAUAAUUUUUUGUAAAAGGUAUUUUGUUAUAAUGACGUGGUUAAAAUGUGUAUUUUGACUAAGAUAUUUAAUUGACUAAUAAUUCGAGGUUGGCUCGUGAAAUCUCAAAUAUUGGCUGUUCGCAGUUAGGAUACUAGCCCUAAAUGGCCAUAUUUGGGGAUUGGUAUAAAUAUGUGAAAUUAUGACAUUGGCAUGUUCCUACGUAAAAUUGAAUGUUAUUAAAUUUGGAAUCAAGGGAAUGUAUGUAUAUUUCAAUUAUUUAACUGUGUUACUCUGUAGUAAUAAGUAGUUAUAUUUUUGUAAUCACAGGUAUUGUAUAAUAAACUUAAUUCCUACUAAGUUUUGUGAUUAGGUUAUGACUCCCACAUUGACUUAUUUCAGUAGAAAUUAAUUGAAAAAUCAACUGCAAAAUAAAUUCAAUAACCCCAACAUAGCAAUAACAAUGACGAUUUACAGUCUGUGUUAAUUUAUGUGUGUUUCAGCAAAAAAUACAUUUUUACCGACUGA